AUGGCCUCGAAGGUCAUCGCGCAGCUGCUCGUUGCCGGCGCCACGACGUUGCUGCGUGCCGGCUCGCAGGCGUUUGCCAAGGCGCUGCAGAACGCGCAGCAGUCUGGCGUGGCGCAGGAGGGCGUCAAGGCCGCGACGCGAGGGGCGUCGAUGAGCGUGCAGGAGGCGCAGAUGAUCCUGGGCGUCAGCGAAAAAGCGCCCUGGGCAGACGUGAUGAAGCGCUACAAGCACCUGUUUGAUGUGAACGAGAAGCACGGCUCGUUCUACCUCCAGUCAAAGGUGUACCGCGCUUGGGAGGCGUUAGACGACGAGUACACGCGGAGAGGGCUCAAGCCCCCUGGCACGGAGGACCCCGCCGCGGCGGCAGGGGCAGAGGCACAGGGACAGCAGCAGCAGCAGCAGGGGCAGCAGCAGAGCGACGGCAUACGAGAUGAGCAGCAGCGGUAG